AUCACGCUCUUAAAAAGUGACAAGUUUAUUUUGAUUCGUUUAGAGAAACGAGCCCCUCAAUAUCAUUGGUUUAUUCAAUGAAACACGGUUGCAUGAUCACCAACACACAAUCAUCAACAUCAUCAACAACAACACAUUAUUAUUUUGUACGACCUGAGAAAGCUUCAUUAUUCCACCAGACAUUUAACAAGAUACAUCAUUUAAUAACAAUCUAUAAAAUAUAUUUUUAUUUUUUAUCUAUUUAUUUUAAUUCAAUAAAUUUAUUACAAGUUUAAUUAUCGUUUUUUUUUUUUGUGUUUUUGUUGUUAUAAUUAACAAGUGUUUUUAUAAUAAUAAUAAUUUAUUUUUUUGUAUUUUAUUUAAAUACUUUGUUUUUGUGAUUUUUAAUUGUUGUGGAAAUAUAUUUAUGAUGGAGACAGUACCACUUUCACCACCAGCAUCACCACAACUCAAACAAAUAAAUAAUAAUGAACCACUUCAAUCGUCAUUCAGUGUUGCAUCAUUACUAGGUGAUAGAUUACAAUAUCCUGAUAAAUUAAUUGAUAAAAAAAAUUUACCACCAACACCACAAUCAUCUGAUGGUGAAGAUGAUGAACAACCAUCACGUAAACGUCACUGUGUUGAAUCAAAUUGUGAAUUAGCAAAGCUAUUAUUAGAUGGUACACCACCAUCAAGCCCAGAGCCAAUUCGUGCAUCAGUUAUAAUGCGAGCAAAUCGUGAUGGUACAUGUACACCAACAACAGAUUUAUCAAUACUUAAUAAGACAAAAUUGAAAUAUAAAAGGAUAAACAAUUCACAGCUAUUAAAAAAGCCACUAAUUGAAAGUGAAAAUAUACUUAAAAGUCUUAAAUAUAAAAUGAGCUAUUCAAAAGAAGAAAUAAUAAUAAAUAGUAAAAAUACUGAUCGUGAAUAUUAUAAAUAUGAUUAUAAUAAAUUACAAAUAUUAGCACCAAAACCAUCAACGUCAAUAACAAUGUUACCAAUAAGAAAUAUUAUUGGUGGAUCAAUUGUUUUACCAACAACACCAUUAUUAUUUUUAACAACAACAACAUCAACAAAUUGUAUGACAACAACAACAACAACAACUACAUCAUCAUUAGCACCAACAACAUCAACAACAACAAGUAUUGUUUGUAAUAAUAAUUUGAUAAAUCAUCAGACAAAUGAUAAUAGUGUUAGAAGACGUGUUUAUGAAUGUGAAUAUUCUGGUUGUGGUAAAAAUUAUUUUAAAUCAUCACAUUUGAAAGCACAUACACGUACACAUACUGGUGAAAGACCAUUUCCUUGUCCUUAUAAUAAUUGUGGUAGAAAAUUUUCAAGAAGUGAUGAGUUAUCAAGACACAAACGUACACAUACUGGUGAAAAAAAAUUUGUAUGUAAUGUUUGUCAACGUAGAUUUAUGAGAAGUGAUCAUUUAGCUAAACAUGUUAAAAGACAUACUAAGGAUAGAACAAUUAAUUCAUCAACAUUAUCAGAAUUAUCAUCAUCAUCUUCAUCAUCUUCUUCUUCAUCAUCAUCAUCAUGUGAAUCAUCUGGACUUGAAGGAUUUAAUAUUAUGACUAAUUCGUCAUUGAGGCUGAAUAUUCUUCCAGUUAUUGCACCAAAAAUUCAUCAACAUAUUUUACCACCUCAACUUGCUGCUUAAUUUAUUAUUAAUUUAUUUAUAAUUUAUAUUACAUAUUCAUUGAAAAUUUUAUAUUAAGUUUACUAUAAUUUAUUCAAGUACAAAAAAUUUUUUCUUUUUUUGUUUAAAAAUUCAUUUUUCUUUUUUUGUACUUAAUUUAGUUAUUUUUUUUCCAUUGAAUUAUAAUACUGUGAUUUUUUUUUUUUUAAAAAUUUAAUUAUUGAUCAAUUAUUUGUAUAAUAUUAUUAAUUAUUUAAAUUUUAAUUCACUAUUUUAAUUGUAAAUAAUAUUUUUCUUUUUUUUUUGAAAAUAAUUAUAUAAGUUAUGGUAUUUUCACAAUAUUGAUAAAUUUUUUUUUUUAUAUUGUAAAUUGUAUAUUGAUUAUACAAAUAAGAUAAUAAAAAUAGCAUAAAUAUGUAUAAAUUGUAUAAAAAAAAAAAAAUAAUUAAUAACAAAACAAACAAUAAAAAAAUAAAUCAAAAUAAAAAAAAAAUUCCGUUUUUUUUUUAUUUUCAAUUGAAUCCUCAUAAUUCAAAUAAUUUUAAAAAUAAAAAAAAAAAAAAAUUAACAUGUUUAAUUAGAGAAAACAAUAAAUAUUAUAAAAAAAAAAAAAAAUCAUUAAAUGAUUUAAUAAUUAGUUGAGAAAUAAAUGAUUAAUGAAAGAAAAAAAAAAAAAAAAU